UAUUUGAAUCACAUUUUAAUUGCUUCAAUUUGUAAUAAUACUAUACUAAUUUUCUUAUUAACUAUCUAAAACAAAAAAAAAAUUAUGGAUGCUCUUUUUGCUAAAGGAAAAGAAUUUCUUAAUUCCAAAGAUAAAGAUGAUGAAAAAGAAACUCCCAAUCGCAGUGAAAGAACAAAACAUCAUGAUGACGUGGAUGAUUCCGAUGACCACCCACAAAGAAAAACUGCCGGCAAGUCUGGCGGCGGCGGCGGUCGAGGUGGUGGCUGGUCGGACAGCGAAGGUGACGACGAGAGGCCCGCUGGCGCCGGACGUGGUGGCGGUAAGGCGGCGGCAGGCACCGGUGCUCAAAAUCCAAAUGAGCACAAACAGCCAACAACCUCUGAGCUAAUGGCCAGCGCGAAGUUGGUCGCUGCAGCUGCACAAUCCCAAUUAGGCGGCGGCGGCGAGGGUAAGCCAAAAGAAGAAUUGGACACCGGAAAGCUUGCCGGAGCCGCCGCCGACAUCCUUGCAGCCGCUUCCCAUUACGGCAAACUAGGAGAUGAUGGAAUCGGUAAGUACAUCGGACAAGCCGAGGAUUAUCUUCAUGGAUACGAGCUUAAGAAUUCAAAACCCAACAAAUCUGGUAGUGGUGCUGGUGCUGAUGCUGAAUCUGGUAGUGGUACUGGUGCUGCAUCCAAAAAGAGCACUUCUAGUAAUGCGGAGCACAAGAACUCAUCGGAGUCUCACCCACGUGGCAAUACAAGAGAUGAUGAUGAUCAUGAUGAUGAGCGUAGAGAGCACGCCACGAAAGAGAAGAAGAUGGCAUCAAAGAAACCAUCCGGUGACAAUCAAAGUCAUGAUCGUGAGGAAGUAGGUAGAGGGAUGCCUAAGAAACAAGUUGGUGAUGAUCAUUCCGCAGAUGAGCACACGAUGAAAGGUAAAGAAAUGCCUCAGAAACAAUCCGGUGGUCGUGAACGUUCCAAAGAAGACGAUGAUGAUCCGAGAUCUGGACGUGGUGAAAGUGAAGGAAUAGCGAAGAAAAAACCUGUUGGGCAUGGCCAUGAUGAAGAUGAUAGUCGCUCUGGAGGGGGUUAUGGUGAAUACAUAAAAAAAGCACAAGGAUUUCUCAAUAAAAAGUCCGACGGUGGUAAUGGAAGUCCAAAGGCCGAUGGAGAUUCCGGAGGUGGGGUCAUGAAAAUGGCUCAAGGUUUGUUUAAGAAAGAUUCAGACGACCGUAGCCCCAACAAACACGACGAAGAUGGGAACAAAACAGAUUAUCUCAAGAUGGCCGGAAGUUUUUUCAAGUAGAGAUUAUACUGGAUACGUUAUUAUUGUUAUCGUAAUAAUAAAAAAGAAGUAUAGACUAAUUGUAACAUAGAAUAUCAUGAUCUGUUUUGAUCAAUUCUUUUGUUUUCAUUUCUUUGCUAAAGUUUGAGUUUUAGCUAUAGUUUGAUUUGAAUUGUAAUAAUGGUAACAUGUACAGUGUGGCUAUCAGUUGCCAUGCAAAUACUAUUAAUGUACUUGUCAAGUAGUAGAAUAUAUAUAAUUUUUAUUUGAUUCAAA